CCCCGCGCUGCAGCCAUGCCCGCCGCAGGCUCCGAGCUGCAAAGCCGGCUGGGCCCGGAGCCCAGGGCCAAGCCCCAGGAUGCUGCCGCCGCCGCCAGCCCGGGCUGCGACCCCCGCCCCAGCCCGCCGCCCGGACCGCACGGGGAGAAGCAGUACCUGGGGCAGAUCGAGCACAUCCUGCAGCGCGGCUGCAAGAAGGAGGACCGCACGGGCACCGGCACCAUGUCCGUGUUCGGCCUGCAGGCCCGCUACAACCUCCGAGAUGAGUUUCCUUUGCUGACAACCAAGCGAGUGUUCUGGAAGGGUGUGCUGGAGGAACUGCUGUGGUUUAUUAAGGGUUCCACAAAUGCUAAGGAGCUCUCUGCCAAAGGAGUAAAAAUCUGGGAUGCCAAUGGAUCUCGAAACUUUUUGGACAAGCAGGGGUUCCCUACCAGAGAGGAAGGAGAUUUGGGACCUGUGUAUGGCUUCCAGUGGAGACAUUUUGGGGCAGAAUACAAAGAGAUGAACACAGAUUAUUCCGGACAAGGAGUGGAUCAACUGCAAAAAGUCAUUGACACCAUCAAAACCAAUCCUGAUGACAGAAGGAUCAUUAUGUGUGCUUGGAAUCCUAAAGAUCUUCCUCUGAUGGCAUUGCCUCCAUGCCACGCUCUCUGUCAGUUCUAUGUAUUGAAUGAUGAGCUUUCUUGUCAGCUAUACCAGCGAUCUGGAGAUAUGGGCCUUGGGGUGCCGUUCAACAUCGCCAGCUACUCCCUGCUAACCUACAUGAUUGCUCAUGUCACAGGCCUGAAGCCAGGUGAUUUUGUACACACUCUGGGAGAUGCUCAUAUAUACUUGAAUCAUAUUGAGCCACUGAAAAUCCAGCUUCAGCGAGAACCAAGACCUUUCCCUAAGCUCAAAAUUCUUCGAGAAGUUAAAACCAUUGAUGAUUUCAAGGCUGAGGACUUCCUGAUUGAAGACUACAACCCUCACCCAGCUAUUAAAAUGGAGAUGGCUGUCUAAAGCCGCCUUGAUGCCCAGCUGAAAACAAGUUCCAUCUUUUCCAGGAUAAGAAGACAUGGAAAAGGGUUAGGAGUAGGGAAAAUCUAAUUCACCCUGUGACAUAAACACAGGUCCUAACAGAUCAGAUUAUUAUCUUAUAUGCAUAAUCUAUGGAAUGGUUAUAAACAAAAUAUUUGUCUUAUAUAAUUACUAAAAUAAAGCAGUUCUUGCAUUA